GAUCCACCGCUGAUUGCGGGACAAGAAGUAAGACCCACGCCGUCCCUAUCUUCGACGUCGAGCCGAAAGCCCUUCAUCCCCUCUCCACGAACGCAGGCACACACAGAGAGAGAGAGAGAGAGAGCUUUGUCGAGAAUAGAAGCAUGAAAGGCCUCCGUGAGCUGGGAGUGGUCUUCCACACGCCGCUCUUCGUGAGGAUCAGCGUCCUCGCCUUCACCGCCGUCGUCUCCUUCUACCUCGGCCGGCGUUGGUCCGACGGCUAUCCCCAGCUUGUCUUCUACACCCACUCCCUCCCCUCCUCCUCCCCGUCCGUCACCGUCUCCCCCAACGCCAACGUCACCCUCGACGUCUCCGCCCUCCUCUCCAAUGCCUCCGCUUCCGACGCCGCUGGAGCCCCGCCGCUGCAGGACUAUUCACCGGAUCCACUUCCCUCCCGUCCCCCUCCCCCUCCUCCUUCCGGGCCGGCGCUGGCGAGGGUUGGAAUCGUGGACGAGGAUGGGACGAUGAGGGAGGACUUCGACGUAGGGCCGUUCGACCUGGAUCUGGUGGAUAGCGAUGGGGGAGCAGGGAAUGAAACGGGGAUUGGGAAUGGGGACGUGGAUAGGCGGGCUAGGGUUAAGAUUAACAAGUUUCACCUCUGUCCAGAGAGCAUGAGGGAGUAUAUUCCUUGCUUGGACAAUGAGGAGGAGAUCAAGGAGCUCCAAUCGACUGAGAGAGGGGAGAAGUUCGAGCGGCACUGCCCAGCACAAGGGAAAGGGUUGGACUGUCUGGUUCCUGCACCCAAGGACUACAAGACCUCAAUUCCGUGGCCUAGAAGCAGGGAUGAGGUAUGGUAUAGCAAUGUACCACAUACACGCUUGGUGGAAGAUAAAGGAGGGCAAAACUGGAUCUCAAGGGAUCAUAACAAAUUCAAAUUUCCAGGUGGUGGAACCCAGUUUAUACAUGGAGCAAAUCAGUACUUGGAUCAGAUCUCCAAGAUGGUUCCAGAUAUUGCAUUUGGUACUCAUACAAGAGUUGCCCUGGAUGUUGGGUGUGGUGUGGCAAGUUUUGGUGCUUUUCUACUGUCACGUAAUGUCAUCACCUUGUCCAUUGCUCCAAAAGAUGUUCAUGAAAAUCAGAUUCAAUUUGCUCUUGAACGUGGUGUGCCAGCCAUGGUAGCAGCUUUUGCAACACGACGGUUAUUAUAUCCAAGCCAGGCAUUUGACUUGAUUCAUUGUUCAAGAUGUCGAAUAAAUUGGACCUGUGAUGAUGGAAUUUUGCUCCUCGAGGUUAACAGAAUGCUUAGAGCUGGAGGAUAUUUUGUUUGGGCUGCACAACCAGUUUAUAAACAUGAAGAGAGCCAACAGGAGGCAUGGAAAGAGAUGGAGAACCUUACUGCUCGUAUAUGCUGGAAACUUGUGAAGAAGGAGGGAUAUAUUGCCAUAUGGCAAAAGCCUUUAAACAACUCUUGCUAUACGAGUCGCAAUUUUGACAUCCAACCUCCACUUUGCAAUGCAGAGGAUGACCCAAAUAAUGUUUGGUAUGUUGAUCUGAAAGUGUGCAUUAGCCAACUUCCGGAGAGUAAAUAUGGAGCAAAUAUUACAGCCUGGCCUGCUCGCUUGAAUGAGCCCCCACAAAGGCUUCAAGGUGUAGAAAUGGAUGCUUACAUAGCAAAAAAUGAGCUCUUCACGGCAGAGACAAGAUACUGGAAUGACAUCAUUUCAGGCUAUAUCCGGGUUUUUCAUUGGAAAAAUAUGAAUUUGCGGAAUGUGAUGGACAUGAGAGCUGGAUUUGGAGGGUUUGCAGUGGCAUUAAUUAACAAUCAAAUUGAUUGCUGGGUGAUGAAUGUUGUCCCAGUUAGCGGACCCAACACAUUGCCUGUAAUAUAUGAUCGUGGACUCAUAGGGGUGAUCCAUGACUGGUGUGAACCAUUUGAUACAUAUCCAAGAACUUAUGAUCUACUGCAUGCUUUUGGUCUGUUCUCCAGAGAGCAGAAAAGGUGCAACAUCUCAAGCAUCUUACUAGAGAUGGAUCGCAUAUUAAGACCUGGUGGGCAUGCUUACAUUCGUGAUUCAAAAUUUAUUAUAAAUGAGAUUCAAGAAAUCACAGAGGCCAUGGGAUGGAGGACCAGCCUGCGCGACACAUCCGAAGGCCCGUAUGCUAGCAGGAAGGAAUUGUUAUGUGAUAAACCGAUGCUGCAUUCCUGAAGUUUAUGCAGUUAUCCCUGUUGUUUUCAGAAAGAAAUACACUUCCCUCUUGCUCUCUCUCUCCCGGAUCCAGACUGAAGACUUGGUGAGGAUAAUUACAUGGAUGAUGGUGCUUGAUUGGCGCAAUGUUGUGUUGUGCAUGUUCUUUGGAUUCAGAGGAGUGAUAUUGCAUGAUCUAGCAGUGUUGCAAUAAAAAAUGCCACAAAAAUACCAUUCAGCUGGUGUAUACUGUCAUUCAUUCCUUUGAAUUGGUAUUGUGAAACGUGCCAUUUUUAUCAGUGAUUGGUGCAGUACACCUGAGUGAACUUUUUUUGAGUGAUUUUCUCGAUCGAAGAACGGUUCAAUAGCAAUUCUUUGAUGAGUAUGUUUAAUUAUGAUGUCAUUUAUCAAUGGCCUAUUCAUUGUUCCAUUAAUUUAAAAUCUCAAUUUAUGUUGCUUUAAA